GCAUUUGGCGCGUGGUGCGUAGAGUGCCUGCCAGCUCAGCCCAGCCCAGCCCAGCCCAGCCCAUCCCCGACCACAGAUCUCUCUGCUCGCCUCACCGUUGGGCUCGAUUGCAUCUCACGGCGUCCGCAUCUUUGGUCCCCUUGUCUGGAUAGGAAUCUACCCUCGUCGCUUUGCUUCACUUUUUCUUCUUUCUUGCUCUGAGACAACCUCUCUCCCCUGCUACGGCCUGUCCAUCUCCCCGCCUAGUUCUGGAUCUGGACCUGCAUCUCCGAACCACCACCGCGCCUCUUAAUCGACCCAUUGGGAAUAACUGUCAACAUGGGAGGCUUCUACAUGCAGUACCUCGAGAGUCUCUGCCGGCGACGAGGAUGGAACGACCCUUCCUACGAGUGUUACCGCGAUCACAGCGGCUACACCUGCUUGGUUCUAGUCAACGGACGGGAGUAUCAGACGGAUCUCGCGUAUCAAUCCGACUCGCUGGCCCAAGAGAACGCCGCCAUGCGUGCCUUCAUGGUGUGCCGCAACUUCUCCGUCAACGGCGGCAUGCUGGCCCGCAAUGGCAUCGUUCAGGGUCUUCCGGCCACUGAGCCUGCUCGCCGCUCCAAGAAGAGCCGCCACACAUCAUCCAGUCACAGCUCGCGAGACAGCCACCGUCGAUCUGGUCACCAUUCAAGCAGCAGCUCUACAGCCUCUUUCGACUAAGGAUAGGCAGGCGAGCCCUGGAUUCCUGUCUUGCGUGGCGACAGGGAUCCAAGACGACAACUACAAGGUGGAACAGCUUCGCAGCUGAAUGAGCCUAUGAAAGAAGACGACACCUCCGGACGGCUGAUCUGGGAGGUCACAGGGUCAAAGAGAGACGUGGGGGAAAAAAACAAAACGGGCAAAAAG